AAAUUUGCCUCAUGGCAUUGAAUGUUCUUGUUAUAAAAUUUAGUUCAAUUGUAAUUCACUUUCUGCAUUCGCAUUGUGUAUAAAAUUCUCAUCGAAUCGUGGUGAACAGCAAUCAUCUAAACAAGAUGUUCGACGUGGAUGGUUGAAGUGCAAGCAGCGCAGCAAAUGUUCUAAACAUGAGCAUCGAUGGCAUCCUCAUUCUGCAGUAAAGAAGAUGGCGCUGCCCAGCUCGAGGCGGCCUCGCCGCGGAGGCACGGAAGUCGUUGGCCGCUGCUUUCCUGCCGCCGGGGCUUCCGACAACAGAAAUGAUGAUGGACCAAUGAGUAGCAUUUCCAGCGCCAGAAACCUCAACGACAUCCCGAUCAAAAGGAGCUGCAACUUCAGCGCUGAAAGCCACGCUGAAAACACAGACAACUUUUGCAGUAACCGCACGAAAAGUUUCAAUGAUAAAAAAUCAAGUUGCGUAUAUGACAGUGUACAGAGAGUGAGCAACAUGCGCGUCUCUCAUCCAAGCACUCUCACCUGCGGUCAAAAUGACGGCAUCUGUGGUAGUGGUAAUGCUAGUCUUAGAUUCGAUUGCAAUGUUAACAAGAAAUGUGGUUCUGCAAGUGGAGAACUAGUUAGAAAUAUUUCUUCAGGAGGGGUUUGUUAUCUCGUUAGAACUUUUGUUGUUAGAAAUGAACGAUUCGCCAAUAGAAAUGGCAGAAGCUCGGUGCCUCUGAAGGUUGUGAGCACCAUUUACUCGUCACUAUUCUUGUUCCUGUUAGUUUUAUCGUUUCUUGACCUAUCAAUGUCGACUGAUAAUCAGCGACGACAAUUACUAGGCAGAUCUUUAAACCAUUUAACAAAUUCAGCUCCUAAAGUGCCGGACAAGCUUGUGAGACUCUUGAAAGAUUCUGGAGUAGCGACAAAUAAUGUGAAGAAAAACAGAGUCAAGAGAUUCAGUACAGAUAGUCAUAGUCUGGGGGCAAAUGAGACAUCCAGUGAAGGAAGUGAAAGGAAAAGUCGUGGUCUGACUUGGGGUGAAUACAUAUCCAAGUCGUCUGAAGCUCCGGCGACGGCCAAUUUCUAUACUCCGACUCCAGCUCCUUCGUAUUUUGCUGAUCAUUUUCAUACAGAGCCCUUUAGCUGGUCUCACAGUGCAUUCCAGCCAGACUCUGUGGCAAGUAAUCUGCAUCAUUCGAAGACCUCAGCAGGUUUGCAGGGUUUUAACAAGUUUGAUACCAACGCACGCAGGUUAGAUUUAUACGAAAAAAGUCAAACAUCUGAAUUUAUCGAUCCAAAUACUGCGACGCAAUCCCCGCUAACCGAUAACGCAGUUUUGGACAAACUAGCGCACUAUUUGCUGUAUGGAAGCGAAGAAACUAAGAAAGAAUUUCAAGGAGACGGACUCGCCGAUGAAAAUCUUAAUUCAGGACUGAACUCCGAUCGCAAUAGCGGCGCAGAAACAUCCUUGGGUUACGACCAACACGAAGUCACGAAUGACAACAACCAUCCAGACCAUCAACUUGUCGACCCCGAGUCUGCUGCUUACUAUGACUAUUCCGACGGAACAGAUGAUGAUCCAUGGAACUCGUCGGCUCCCCGUAACAAUUCCUCUAAUCACCAAGAUGCUCAGUCUAUGGACAUGAAGAAAAUAAUCAAGGAUCUUUCAGACCUAAUAGACAUUUUGCCUCAACAUCUGGAGGAGCUGAGUGGUGAGAAACAAGGCGAGAAUGUUUCCGAUCAGGCGCCCGUCAUUCCCAACAGAAAACAAAAUUCAAACAAUGACAAUUUUAGACAUUCCGACGAAUAUAUUUUACCUCAGAAUGGGGCUAAUAAAAAUGAGAAAAUCGGAAUGACCGAAGAGUUCCUGAGAGAUAUUUUAAAGAGUAAGCUAAGUGCAAUCAGUUCUACGCCCGCUCCUCAACUUUCAGCUCACUUUCAAAGCCCGAGAAUCAGGCCAAUCAAUUUUUCGUCCACGACCCCAAGGUUUUCCCAAGACAUUUUUGAUUCGUCUACUGCAGGUUCACUCACAUCCGUCAAAGAUCUUCAGAAAUUCUUCAUUAAAAGCACGCCAGCUCCAUUGGAAAAAAGUUAUCCCAUUGGGAUCCCUUCUACGACCGAGUCUCCCUGGCGCCGAUCGCCACCUCAUACUCGUGACCACAUCCGAGCUUAUUUUGCUUCCUCAAAACCGCCGCUCAAAGAAGACAAUAAAGUUACUCUUAAAGCCCCGCUAUCGCCGUACAUGAUUGGGUCCAGUGAGAGAACUACGCAAAGACCCGAGAUCAAAUGGUUUACGACGACUAAACAAACAUACCGCCGGGCUGGUUCAUCCAGCAGUAAAUUUCGAGAGUCAAAUUCGGACUCAAUUAGCCCCGUUAUAUUUACAUCUAAACCCAUAUUCACGCAAAAAGACGAAGAAUUCUCGACCACCACACCAGUACCGAGUUUCCAGAAACCUCUUUCAUGGACUACAGGACCAUCUUCUUUCAUUGAAACUGUGACUAAGAGGCCCUCUCCCUAUUAUAACCAUAAUAUCACCUCAAUUUUGAAUGGGAUCAAGUCCAAUUUCAGGGCCAAUCUUGUGUCAACUAAUAGCAGUCACAAUGAAACGAAGCAGAAAGCUCAAAAGAGAACUUUGGAUUUACUGUAUCACAUGUUUGUAGACCCUACGACUGACGAGAAUGGAAACCGAAGAAACACGUUGUUUGAAGACGUUAUUAAAGCCAUCGAUAAUCACAUUAUAGGAGAUGUCGUAGCGCUGAAAGAAUACAGUCGAAGUGGUGCUAAAGGUCAGUCUCACUUCAGAGAGAACAACGGAAAUUUCUUCAAAACUCUUUUGGAAUCUAUUGGUUUUGACGAACCCUUCAUGAAAUCUACUGCCGAGGCUUUUUCUGCUGUGUCAUCAUCAUCAUCGUCUGUUGGUGGUGGAAGUCGAAAACCUCCACGAAGACCUGGGUCAGCUCAGCAACCCUCGGGAUCGAGACGCGCCACCUCAGGAGUACAUGUAGACCCUGCGACCUCGGCUCGCCCAACCCAAUCGCAGGUGCGAAGUCCUUCCCUGAAAGAGCAUCCUUCAACAACCGAUAACUCUGGAGCAGCUAUUGGUCACCCACACGUUGAAACUCUUCCAUCUGGCAACGAAUUCCUGUUAACGGAUGAGUUUGGUGAGAAGCAAGUGAUCACCAUCGAGGACAUCAUCUCUUCCCUUUCUUCUCUUGAUGAAGCCGAACUGGGAGAUCUGCUCCAGGCUAAUCGACGAUCAGAUGACGAUGUUGAACGAAUCAUUGCGCGACAAUCAGCUGAAGUUCAAACAUUAAAUGAGUAUCAUCCAGACACAUUCAAAGUUAACAAUCUUAUCAUCUUGGGUCCCAAUGGAAAAAGCGAAACAAUUCCGUUUGACCAAAUUGCUUCAACUCCUGCAGAGGAAUAUCAGCUGACAACGACCCCAGCACCGAUAGUACUUGCUGCUCAACAUUUACUGGGGAGCCAUGUGCCAAACGAGCAAUCGGCUUCUAAUCCAACCGUUCAAGCGGCACAACAUCUUUUCGGUUUCGACCGCAGUGUUCAAACAAGUGAAUCAAAUGACCGAAGGCAUUCUUCGCACGUCUUUGGCCCCCACUCGAUUUCUUCCAAUGUGCCGUCGAAAGGAAAAGUUUUCCCUACACAAAAUUCUCCUCACAUACCGUUCAUUGACACGUAUUCAAAAGAAAAUGCAAAUGUCAUGGCUCCGACACAAGCUUUUGCAAGCGAAGAUUACAAUAUAGACGGAUCUGACGGUAAUGCACAAAACUCCGGUUAUAACCGUCCUGGUGUUCGACCAUUUUAUGAUGACAGACAAAGUUUACCCAGCCUAAGCCCAAAUCUUCAGCAGAUAUUUUCAAAUGAAAAAGAACAAGCGCAAAGACUCCCGUUGGGGAGUUCGCGCCUGCAAACAUUUUCUGGAGAACAAGAAAUUAACAAACAUCAGAACACAUUUAAAAGUUCAUUGUUAGAAUUGGAACAUCAACAAAAAGUUCACCUGGAGCAAAAACUGGCUCUAGAUUUAAAACUAAAGCAUCAAAUUGAACAGCUAAAGCGACUCCAGACGGAGUUGGCUGUAUUAGAAGGACAUCCAAUUGAUGUUCCAAAUGAACAACGUCCAGAUUUAUUCCCGCUCAAUUCUCACGUGAUUCAUAGCGAACAAAAAAUCAACUCCGAUCCUCCAAUUUCUAAUGAGAAAUUCAAGCCUGCGAGAAAGAUUUCCGUCGCUUCAAUCCCUCUAACGCAGACGUUGGGCGGGACUGGAAUUCACAGCAUGCUCAACAACCAAGAAUCCUCGAGCAAGGAAAUUAAUCAAAUUUUGUUGAAAGCUAUUUCAGAUUUACAGUCCAAGGAAGUAGGAAGCAGUCGUAUCGAAGCUAGCACGUUUAGAACUCCUACGCCUCUGAUCUCAACCGAGUCUGAAUUGGGACCGAGUCAUCACGCCAGCUCAUCAGCUUACGCUGAAUCUGAUCAUCAAGUACCAGGAAAUAAGUUCGUUCCGCGGAUAAAGGGAAUUGGGAAUAAUGAAAACGCUUUUCCCAACCAUGAUCACCAUAUGUCGCAUAUCAAUGCUCAUCAGUAUUCACAACCCUCCUCACUAUCGUCAGCUUUCUCGACCUCCCAAGUGCACAAACCAGCGUUCUCGCCUUCCAAUGCACAGUUUCAAGAUCCUCCUGAUUUAUCGCAAAUACGGCUUCCUACGAUACGUUAUUCAUCAGAAAAUAUCGGAUCAAACGUAAAUCCAUCAGAUUUUUAUGGAAGUAAACCACACUCCGGGCAACCUGGAUCCUCGUUCCGAGAUGUCAGCCUUCGAGAUUACCACGUUCACGAUCCAUAUUUUGGAAAUGAUGAAGACGAGGAGCAAAUUACUGAUACGGAAAAUGCACAUGAGAAAGAGCGUGAAGUUUUUGCUUCUCAGAUGUAUGAACAGGUCGUUAAAUCCCUUCCAAAGCCAAUUCAUUUCAAAAAGACUACAACCACUACCACGCCUUCCCCAGCGAAACCCCAAUUAUUUGGUUUUGACUUACCCAAUAUAUUCCCAUCUCCCCAUUCACACUCGCACGCUCAGCCUCGAAACGACGUUAAAGAACCUGAGAAUGAGAGUAAGGAAGAGCUCAAGUGGAGCGAUCCCCUGGGCCUCCUAGGAAUCUAUGAUUAUCUUCCAUUUUCGCGGAAGCAGAGAGGGGAAAAGAAGUCAGCCGUUAAGGUUACUACUCCUAGGCCCAUUAGCCCUGAAAAGCGCCUACAAGAGGCACUCCAACUUGGAAAUGUUCCUCCUCAUGUUAGUAAAAUAUUGAUGAAUCAGAUGAAGGCAAAGUCCACAGGCAUGGGUUCGAAUGAAUUCGUGCAACAAGCCACCCGACGUCAGUUUGAUCGGGUUCCAGAGGUUAGAUAUCGAUCUGUACCCGAAAGAAGAUCUUUCGCGACUUCACGACAAGGUUCCCAAUCGAGAUCACAGCACGCAGAACCUCAAAGAAGAACCGGAUCAAGCAAAACCUACCCGUCACCAAAAAUUCGUGCUCGGAAGUUUGGUCCACCAAACCAAAGCUCUUUGGCAUCGCAUGCUCAGCUGCCCACGGGAUACCACCCUUCUUACUCUGAUCGUCCCCAGUCAUCGCAUUUCGGAGUCUUCAACAGUGAGGAUGGCCACGGAAGUCCUUAUAAGUAUCUCGAAGAUGACGGUCACGGCAGUGAUUAUUCCAGUGGACUGAAGUCCCAAUCCCAUAACGAGUACGAAGACGAGCACGGACACUCGCAUGGUCACGACAGUACUGAGUACGACACGUACGUUGUGCCUCUCGGCCAAAAGGGGUAUGUGAAGGAAGCACAACCUCUCUUCGACUUGUCGCUCCUGGUCCACAACGUAAAAGUGGAGCAAAUCGGCGAAGAAAAUGAAUCAUUUUCGUUCCCAAAGAUUGGCGACCCGUCUAAAUUUGUGAACAUUUAUCGGCCUCCUCCUCAUUACAAGAGAUAAUACCGUGAUCUUCUCACCGACAGGGUGGUUAUCCGCGGUGUCACUAGUGGCGGCCAGUUCAACUUUCAAAUAAUAACCGCCACUAUUGGCCGUGCUACUGGCCUCGUCUAUAGGUGCAACUGGCCUUGGAAAGACUCGACGUGAACAGUAGCGGGGUAAAUAGUGGCGAUUGGAAAGUUACAGUGGCCCCCACUAGUGGCACCGUGUACCCGCAACCUAUAUUGGCGAAGAAUUCGAAAGAAAGACAAAACUUUUCAUAAGUCUGAUUAUUAUUCUAAAUAAAAUGGGUACGUGGAUCUUUAUAUGUGAUAAAAAUACAUUAAGAAGGAUUAUAUUGUGGCCUUAUAUAAUAAAAAAAGAGUACGAAAUAGUUAAAGUUGCAACGUUGGCUUUACUGCAGAUACUGGAAAGCAAUUUGAUAUUUAUUUCGCUAUGCCUAGUUUUCAUAGGAUCAGUAUAAUAAAUUAGAACUGCAUUAAAUUUUCACGGUUGAACUAUUAAGUUAUGAUCGAGUUUUCUAUUUACUUAUUCACUCGGAACUAUUAAAAGAUUAGGAAUGUUUUGCAUGAUACUUUGUUUUAUCGAGUUUCUAGCUAUCUGAGCAAGAAACAGUACCUAUCGAGAAAAAAGCCGUCCUGUGUAACUUUUCAACAAAUAGCGUUACAAUCCUAGUCUCUCGUUGUGCAUCAUUAAAAUAUCAUUAUAAAUAUUUCUGGUUAUUGUUUUCCUUUGUAGAUCAAACCUUUUUUAUUCUUGUGUUAUGAUUCCGGCAUUUUAUAUGAUCAAUGAAGGUGUUACCCUGUGUGUUAUCUUUUAGUUAUCGGAUGGUGCGUGCCUGGUCUCCUAUUAUGAAGCACGAAAUCAAAAUAUGUACUUGCAAACCUUAAGUUUUCGUGUACAACUAAGAAAACCGGUAGAUUUUAAAUUAAUGUAUUUAUUUGUACAUUUAUAGUCUCUACCUUCUUUCUUCAUUAUAUCAUCUUCGGCGGAAAUAAGUAUAUUUUCGACGCAGCAAUUUUGUAAUUUUUAGUGCUUCUACGCUCUGCAUUAUUUGCAUCAUUUGUUGACAUAUCAAAGACCUCCUCGCGGCGCUUCUCCCUGCACUUAUUGAAUAAAGUGCGUUCACAAUAGAAAACUUUUUGUAAAUUAUAUUUUUUCCAGUAAAUAUAUUGAACGGGAACUCAUGAUUUCUGAUUUGAGUUAAUGUAGAGGUUCUUCGUAAUUAGUUUUUUUGGUCAAUUUUUUUUAAUACAUUUUCUGGAAAUGCUCAAAGACGUUAUACCCUUUGCCAUUUAUCUUUCCUGCGAGAAAUGAUUUAUUUGGCAUUUAUUACUAAUAUGUUUGAAACUAAGUGAAACUGAUAUGUUUUGUUUAGUCCCUCCUUUGUUGUUCCGAAUCUCUGAAUGUCUUGUUUGAUCUUAUAUUGACCAUUAAUUUAUUUACUGUCUUUUACUGGCCCAUGGCAUUCCACACCCUGAAAUUUCAUGGCGGCUAACGACGUCACGCUGGAAAUACAAUACAACUUCCAAGGAAAAUUUCGAAUUAACUAUUCUGUAAUGUUGCACUUGGAGCGCAUGCUUUAGGGUGACCAACAUUCACGAUAGACUGAUAUUUUAUUGAUCACUGUAUAGGCUCAGAAUCCUCAUAAAUGAUGUUAUCUCCCGUGGUGGGGCUGGCCAAAUGUGUCAAGGACUCGCGUCAAGAGCGUCAACAUUGGAGCAGUGAGUCCAUCGUGCGAUCUCUGUUAGUUUUAAAAUUAAUGAUCAAAAUCGGCGGGGUGAACUGCUGGUUAAGAACGCCAUGAUAACAGAAGGAAGUCUUGGUUAAAAACCGCAGCAAUCUUUUAAAAAUUUUGCCAUGUCUAGAAUUUGGAAAAAGACAAACUUAGUGUCAAUCCUAAAAAGAUUUAUUAUAUUGCUAUCAAUUGUAGCACGUGUAAUAGUCAGAGGGCCCAUAACAUUCAGCAUUCCCAUGCAGGUAGCGUUGUUCCAGAGCGCACCAUCACAGAGCUCGCUGUAACCGACUAACCAAGUCUCAGUUGUGAAUGGGGUCAAGUGUAGGCAUGAUGCCUUGCUUCUUUUCUUUCGUUAUCGUGCACGCGGUCGAUGGCUCGUGUCAGCGAUAUUCUGUUUCGUAACUAUUUUAUUGUGUCGACUUGGAACUUCUUCACUCUGGGAGUCUAUUGCAGUUACUGCCUUGUCAUCUAUAGACGGCUUACCAUUUGUGACGGUCCGCCUUUUUGGGUUAUGAAUAAUUUUUUAUUUUUAGAAGAUUGAGACUUUGCUGGUUUUCUUUAUUUUGCGACAUCUUGGCUGGGCGAGGUUGCUUCAUCGCAUGCUUUAUACUACGCAUGCUCUAGUUAACUACCUAACCACACUACAUACUUGCAUACUAGGCACCUAAUCUUCUAUGUUGUCGAUCGGCAAGCAUUCUUUUAACGCUCUCGUGUUUUCGUAGUCCAUACACCUUGUGCGUUUGUUCAAUGCCGACAAAUAACCUACGUUUGUAUGCGUCGUGUUAUUAUGAAGACUUCGUACGAUUUAGUUAUUAAAUUUCUGUACAUUAUUCUUGGUUCUAUUCCUGCGGGCCUCUGUGCUGCAUGCAUCAUCAGUCCCAUUUCGCUCACAUCGAGGUUCAAUGUUAUUUGCUUGCUCUCACAGAAUAAAGUGGUCGUGAAUGAUGACGCACGCGCCCAUAAGUUCAUUAUAUCGUAAACAUUCUUCCGAGAUGACAAGUUCUGCAUUCAUAUUCAUGAAAUUAAAUCAUUAAUUGAUGGGUUCUAUGUUAGAACUUAUGGAGAAUGAUUGGCCAAGGCGGGCACGAAAAACAAUGAUGCGUAAUUUACAGUGCGGAGUUGACCAAAAGUUCGCUUAGGUGGUGUUGCAGCAUACUUGACAUUUAGUCUCUGGAAUAUAAAAUGAUUUAUUUACUGUGCGGAACAAUGAACUUAAUCCUGUUAUCGCAGUCGCUGAUAAGCAAGAUUCAAUAAGAGACGGACGACAAAUCGAAUUCGUGCUUUUAUCUUGAUGAGCUUCGGGAUCUUUCAGGUCCUCAUGUUGUUGGGAUUUAGAGGCUUUGAAACGAUUAAUUAUUCAAGAAUUUUCGUGCAAACUUCGGUGCUAUAAUUAUCGUGUUUUUUUUUUGUUAAAUCAAAAAAAUUUUCGUUAAAUCUUGAACGAAACUUGGAAAAUGUACGCGGUUAACAAGUUUGCUGUAUUGUUUGUCUCAUUUACUAUGGAGAAAUUUCAAUAUGUUGUGAGAAAUUCUUGUAGUCUGGUUUACGUACUACAUAAUAUCACAUUUGUUGAGUAAGAACCGAGUGUGCAGAACUUCUGUCUCUGAUGCAAACUUAAACUGUGUAGGAUUGUGGAAUAACCAGAAACUGUACCAGCGACAUCGUUUAUCAUUCUUGCAUUCUGAUCUAUCUUGUUGACUUUUCAUAGAAACUUGUUAUUGAAUGCUUUUAUUUAAACAAAUUUCUAAAAUGC